GGUAUGUAUUUUCAGUCUUCUGACGCAUUGCACAUUAUGUAAACAAUAGCCGAAUGUAAACGAACAUUGUCGUCGACCGAAGCACGUUUCCUUCUCGUGAACCUUACGUGGGGGGCAGAGAUGAAGGAUGGGUACUGGCUGGGGAAAGAUCACCCUGGGGUUUACCUGGGCGAGAGACAGGCACUCAAUGAGGACUACACCCACUCUGGCUUCGACCGCGGCCAUCUCAACCCCAAUGGACACCAUGCAGUCCCCAGUCGUAACGCCACCUUCACCCUGACCAACGUGGUGCCCCAGAACCCCAAGCUCAACCAGAACGCCUGGGUCCGCCACGAGUCCCAGCUCACCGACCUGUUCAAGGCCCAGUGCGCCCAGGCCUACGUGCUGGUGGGCGCCAUCCCCUCCACAGACAACUGGAUUGUCAAGGACAACGUCCGACGCGUCAACAUCCCCGAGUACAUCUGGAACGCCUACUGCUGUGUGGACAACAACGGUGAGCCUGUCCGUAGCGGUGGCGCCACCGCCCUCAACACCGAGCAGAACCGAGUGGACCAGCGCUCGCUGCUGGAGCUGAACGGUUUCCUGCAGCAGUACUCCAACGCGCAGUAGGGGAGUUGUUUCACAACAACUGCCAGGCAGUGCCCGAGGAGUAGUUUCUCCCACUCAUGGGUUUCUAAUCCUUAUUUGACAGUGGCAAUGUGAGCUAAAACUUCAGUUCACGCAUAAGUUUCAGUCUUUCAGCCAAGUCAAGUGCUUCCUACUGUGAAAAUGACAUCAUGAACUACAGUGGAUAAAUAAAGAACUAUGUUUGGAGAGAUA